GCUCCUGUCGCAGUCCAAGUGAGCAGGAAGUGUGUGUACGUGCACACAUUAAAUUGCUGCAAGUUUGGACAAACCAUCACCGAAGGGACGCUGCAAGUUUUUAUUGCUAACAGGAAAUUUCACCAUCUCACUCUGUUUUAAAGGGCACGUCCUUCCUAAAGCUGUCCAGCAUGAUGAAAGAAUGCCUGCAGUUCCUCAUUGAACCGGCCAAAAAGCUCAAGAUCCGACUCAAAGAGUCCCGUAAGCGAGUGAGGCUCGACAAAAAGGAGCCGCUGGUGGAAAGUCAGUUAUUUAUCAUGGAGCUGGCCCGAGAGCUCAACAAAAUUUGCCAGAGGUCGAACGUUCUGCAGCAUAUAUGGACCAGUGAGGACACGUGGCCUGCGAGCUUGUGUCGGGACUUUAUUGUGGAGUGGGCCGCUGUCCUGGAGAAGAAAGUGCAGCCAAAGGCCAGCCUGUCAGACUGCCAGUCCCACAGACCAGAGAAGAGGGACUGGAGGGGCCAUCUUCUUUGCAUCCUGGAGGCUGGUGGGGAGUGCGACAUGGGCCCACACAAGAGGGUCAUCAUGGAGUGGACGCGGGAAAUGAAAAGCAGGCGUGAGCCCACAGUGUGGCCUGGCGAGCCUGUGCUGAUGAUGCUGGAUGACCUGGAGUUCCAGUGGAAAAGGGGCCGUCUUCCCAACCUGCUACCCGCUUUGGAACUUGUCAUCCUGGCUGUGCUGAACGCAGACAGUCCCGUCAAGGAGGAUGUGACCAAGCAAUGGCUGGUCAGAAAGCAGAGAAACCAGAAGAUGGAUGCUGUUCACUACAUCCCCCAUAGUGUCUGGAAUUGGAUUUGUGAAGCUUCAGAGGACGUGAUGCUGGAUCCAGACUCGGCCAACCCAGACCUGCUCAUCUCCACCGAUGAGAAGAGCAUGCGAUGCGGCCUGGAGCGCCGGGACGUUCCUUGUCGCAGCCAGCGCUUCGACGGUUGGUGGUGCGCGGCGGCCCAGAGGGGCUUCCUCUCUGGACGCCACUACUGGGAGGUGGAGGUCGGCCGACGGGACUGGCGGCUCGGUGUGGCCAAGGCGUCCGCUGUGAGGCGAGGCUUCUGCUUGCUCAACACGCAUACGGGUUACCUGAUGCUCCGUUUGGAGAGGGGCACGGAUCUGAAGGCCCUGACGGUUCCCACCACCUCGCUGCCUCUGAGCUUGCUGCCUGGGAAAGUGGGCGUGUACCUGGACUACGAACAGGGCCAGCUGUCCUUCUAUGAUGUGGAGAAGCGCGCCCACAUUUACACCUUCAAUGACAAGUUCACAGAGGAGCUGUUCCCCAUAUUCGGGACUGUGGAGGUGAUCAAGGACCUGGUGAUCAGGCCUGUAGGCCUCAAACAGCGGUGCCUCUGCCCCGGGCCAUGCCUCUGGAACUGAACUACACCGCAGACAUCAUGAUCAUACAGUAAGUGAGCAGUGUUUACACAAGUCUGCAUUGUCUACAACAGCCAAUACGUAAGUAUAAAUACUGUCACAUGGUUGACACAUUCAUGAGGGUAUAGCCGACAAUGUAGAAACACAAUAGCAUAGAAAGGGCUUAACUCUCCACCUGCAUGCAUUUGCUGUCUAAUAUUUACAUGAAAUGGCCGUCUAUAGUUUUCUUUUCUUUUUUGAACAUUUAAAAAAAAAAUUCUUUACUAUUUUUAAUUUUACUUGAUUUUUUUCCCUCGUUUUCUAAUGCUAUGGCUUUUAUACGGGGUCCUUUUUUAUUUUUAAAUUGAGGUUACACGCCAACUCUGUUUUUUUUUGUGCACUAAGCUUUAAAAACACGCUGACUACAAGCGAAACACUGAAUGUAAUUGUGCUGUUUCAAAAACCGCUUUGGAAGAAAAUGUGCAACGUGCACUGAAGUUUUGACUUUGUUAAUCAGUUGAAGUUUGCUGAGUGUACGCACUUUCCCCGGGUCUCUCAAUAAAGAAACAUCACACAGUG